AUGAGCUUGUAUACUGCGUCCGACGAAAAGGGGUCAUUCAUCAUUGAUGCGGGGAUCUCGUACAUCAAUGGGGCUCCUUUCGAUGGUGAUGCCAUUACCGAAGAGCAUGAACCUCAAUCCCUGGAUAUCGAGAUCCUUAUUGAGGAAAGCCAAUUAAGCAUACACCAUACAGUGCCCAUCAAUUCAUCCUCGACGGAAGUGGACUUUUCCCUACUCCGUCUUCCCCCUCGCUUUGAGUCAUACAAUGUAACACUUAAAGCGACCGUUCCAGAUAAAAACCACGUAUACACUGCAACGACAUCACUAUAUCACCUACCUACCCGAACAGACGGGGGCAGCAUCACGAAAGUGGACAGUCUCUAUGGAGGACUAUCAAUCCAAAAUCAAACCUCAUCAGCAUGGACCCCCCUACUCCCAUACUCAUACUACGUCAGUUGGGACGGCUGGCUCGAGAAAUCGCUAGACAAUGUACAGAAAUUCAAAGACGAUGGCUACAACAUCAUCCACCUAGUCCCGAACGCAGGCCUCGCUAACGAAGCAUUCAACUUUACCGAGCUGAGCCUCUUCCUGGAUCGAAUGGAUGAGAUCGGUCUCUGGCUUAUGUACGAUAUGCGCUGGACAUACAAGAACCUGACCUCCGUGCGCGAGCAAGUGGAUCUCCUCAAAGGCCGGAAAAGUAUGCUACUAUGGUAUACAGGCGAUGAGCCAGAUGGCCAAGGAGAUCCGCUAAACGCAACACGGAUCACAUACGACCUGCUCAAGUCAAUUGAUCCCUACCACCCUGUCUCACUGUGUUUGAAUUGCUACAACUUCUAUUUCGAGGAGUACUCAUCUGGCGCGGACAUCAUCCUUUCGGACGUUUAUCCCAUCGCUGUGAACACAAGCUGGUCGACAGUUUAUGAAACACCCUGUAACACUACGUAUGGGUGUUGCGGGUGCGACGAUUGUAACGGUGAUGUGGAGGAUAUCUCUGUCCGUCUGGAUCGGUUUGCAGAGUACCAGACCUGGCUGGGAGAAAGUCCCAAGCCGUUCUGGGGUGUUCCGAUGGCAUUUGGUAAUGAGACAUUUUGGACUCGGUAUCCUACUGCGGCGGAAGAGGUGACAAUGACGAUGCUUAGUUUGAAUCAUAAUGCGAAGGGCAUUGUGAUGUGGGAUUGGCCAACUACUACGGAACUGGCGAAUGUGACAAGUGCGUUAAGUCGGGUUCUGGCGGGGGAAGAGGCUACUGGCUUUUUGUUGGGUGCUCCUACGGUUUCGUUGGAAGCUAAGGGACAUUCCAAGAUGGAUGUUGCUGGAUGGAGGCUUGGGGAUCGCAUGCUGGUUAGUAUUUUGUCGUUGCAGACUCCUUCGUGGUCGUCGUCUGUUUCUGUGGAGCUGCCAGAGAAAAUCCGAUCGGUUACUCAGGUUCUCUGGGGCUCUGGGGAGUGGAAGUUGGUUGAUGGAAAAUUGGUCAAGGAAGGUGGCCAUGGGUUAGAGACUGAUCUGGUGAUUGUUGAGCUUGUCUCUGAGUGA